AUGUCACGCCUGAUCAAUGCCACUUUAGAGCAGAAGGACCUUCCGGGUGAUUACUUCGGGAUUGCGUUCUCCGUCUCCCAUUGUGCGAUUGUCAAAGUUGUGAAAGACGUACAUGAAACGGCGUUCAGUCAUACGACCGCCCUCCGAUUUUUACCAUCAUUCUUUAUGCGUGCUAUGGAAGUUUGCCGUUGGCACCCGGGAAUGGACAAGUGGCACACUGAUCAUAAAUUGAAAUCGUUCGCUGGGGGAGCUAACGAUGCAUCGCCCAGCAUCAGCUGUGCGGUGCUGCAUCCUGAGCUUUGGCGAGAGAUCGGCUUUCGUCUCGAGCUCCAAGACAUCCUCACCCUCGGGUUGGUUUCAAAGCUAUACCGUGAAGCAACCUCAACGGUACUCCGUUAUCCCCAUGUCCCUGGUCAUCGCCUGGUUGCUGUUUCUAAAACGAAACCAAGGCGUACGUUCUGCUGCACGAGCUGGCAUUCCUGCUAA